AUGCCACCAAAGAAAAAGACCCUGAGGGACCUAGAUGGUCAUGAGGAGAGGAAUGCCCAGGUCCAGUUGGAGAAGGCCAAGUACAAGCCUGUGGCGUUUGCUGUGCGGUGUAACUUCUAUUACAUACCGGCAGACGACGACAACAUCCCAGUACCAGGCCAGGCUGUCACCUUCGAGGCCAGAGACUUUCUACACGUCAAAGAGAAGUUUAAUAGUGACUGGUGGCUUGGGCGUCCGGUGAAAGAGGAUGGAGUGGUGGGGUUCAUUCCCAGUCCAACCAACCUGGAGACCAUCCUGAUCAGGAGAGACGUCCAGGCCAGGAAAGCUGCCAAAGCUCUGGCCAGUAAAGCAGCAGUUUCUCAAGACACAAAUAAAAAGUACACUCCUCCUUCAACUGUUGCACAAGCUCAAAAGAAGUCGGGGGAGCAGGUGGCAGCCUAUGACGUGGUUCCUACCAUGCGGCCUGUGGUGCUGAUGGGGCCCUCACUGAAGGGUUUAGAGGUAACAGACAUGAUGCAGAAAGCACUCUUCGACUUUUUAAAACACAGAUUUGAAGGGAGAAUUACUAUAACUCGUGUGACUGCAGACAUCGCUCUAGCGAAGCGGUCCAUACUCAACAACCCCAACAAGAAAGCCCUGAUGGACCGCUCAAACACACGCUCCAACCUAGAUACUGCUGCCCAAAUCCAGGGGGAGGUGGAGCGGAUCUUUGAGCUAGCCCGGAGCUUACAACUGGUGGUGCUGGAUGCAGACACAGUGAACCACCCAAUACAGCUAUCUAAAACAUCGCUGGCCCCCAUCCUGGUCUACAUCAAGGUGUCCUCCCCCAAGGUGUUAUCAAGGCUGAUCAAGACCAGGGGCAAGUCUCAGACCAAGCAUCUCAAUGUCCAGAUGGUGGCUGCAGACAAGCUGGCCCAGUGCCCAACGGAGAUGUAUGACGUAAUCUUGGAUGAGAACCAGCUGAGUGAUGCCUGUGAGCACAUAGCAGACUACCUAGAGGCCUACUGGAGGGCCACCCACCCCCCCGAAACAGAACCUGUUAACCCCUUAGUGGAGAAGCUGGCAGAGAACACUCUGGCUAUCAGCCCUGCUCCUAAGGCAGCCACAGCCCCACUCCAGGCCAGGCAGUUCAACCAACCAGAGCAAACAAAUGCACCAAUCAGACCACACAAGGUCCCCAGAUGA